AGGCGCGACGCUAGGAAGGCCGAGGCGGGCCGCGCGGGAGACCGCGGGCGCGGAGUGACAGGCCGGCGUAAGGGAGCGCGCAGGUUGCAGCCGCCGGCGGACCCGACCCGCAGGUCCCCUCGGCCGUCGCAGACAUGAGCCACAUCCAGAUCCCCGCGGGGCUCACGGAGCUGCUGCAGGGCUACACCGUGGAAGUGCUUCGGCAGCAGCCGCCCGACCUCGUCGACUUCGCGGUGGAAUACUUCACACGCCUGCGCGAGGCCCGCCGCCAGGAAUCAGACAGGUUCAUCGUCUCCCCGACGACCUUUCACUCGCAGGAGCCCAGCGUGGUGCCCGUCAUCGAGGAGGACGGGGAGAGUGACUCGGACUCGGACGAUGCGGAUCUGGAAGUUCCAAUUCCUAGCAAAUUUACUAGACGAGUAUCAGUCUGUGCAGAAACAUUUAACCCUGAUGAAGAAGAGGAAGAUAAUGAUCCAAGGGUGGUUCAUCCCAAAACUGACGAGCAGAGGUGCAGGCUUCAGGAAGCUUGCAAAGAUAUUCUUCUCUUCAAAAACCUUGAUCAGGAGCAGCUUUCUCAAGUUCUGGAUGCCAUGUUUGAAAAGAUAGUCAAAACUGACGAACAUGUCAUUGACCAAGGAGAUGAUGGAGACAACUUUUAUGUCAUAGAACGGGGAACCUAUGACAUUUUAGUGACAAAAGAUAAUCAAACACGUUCUGUUGGUCAGUAUGACAACCGUGGCAGUUUUGGAGAACUAGCUCUGAUGUACAAUACCCCGAGAGCUGCUACCAUUGUCGCCACCUCAGACGGCUCCCUUUGGGGAUUGGACCGGGUGACUUUUAGAAGAAUCAUAGUGAAAAACAAUGCAAAGAAGAGGAAGAUGUUUGAGUCAUUUAUUGAGUCUGUGCCACUCUUUAAAUCACUAGAGGUGUCAGAACGAAUGAAGAUUGUGGAUGUGAUCGGGGAAAAGGUCUAUAAGGAUGGAGAACGAAUAAUCACUCAGGGUGAAAAGGCUGACAGCUUUUAUAUUAUAGAGUCUGGAGAAGUGAGCAUCUUGAUUAGAAGCAAGACUAAAUCGAACAGGAAUGGUGGGAACCAGGAGGUGGAGAUCGCCCACUGCCAUAAGGGGCAGUACUUUGGAGAACUUGCCCUGGUCACCAACAAACCCAGAGCUGCUUCUGCUUAUGCGGUUGGAGACGUCAAAUGCUUAGUUAUGGAUGUUCAAGCAUUUGAGAGGCUUCUGGGCCCCUGCAUGGAUAUCAUGAAGAGGAACAUCUCACAUUACGAAGAGCAGCUGGUGAAGAUGUUUGGCUCCAACUUGGAUCUGAUGGACCCCGGGCAAUAGAUGUGAAUCUCGGAGCCUUCUCAGUGUGAUACCAAAACCUUCCAGUCAGCCACAAGAACACACACAGAAAACAGACACGACAGAACCGUUCCUGCUGCUGUCUCCGCCGCUGCCAUUGCUGUGGUUAAGGGCAUUUAGAAAUCUUGAAAGUCAGCACUGAAAGAUGGACAGAGGCUCCACCCACACCCACCCUCCACUUUGCUUCUGAACGCCGUCAUUACACCACUUAUGUCAUGAUUCCUCCAACCCGGGUUUCACACUUGGUUCAGAGUGGCAUGUCUCUCCAGUAAUUUAAGUGCCUGAUACAGAGUCCAAAGUGUAAACAUCCUCCUUUCCUCUCCUGCUGCUAAUGUUGCUUCUGAAAGGUCUAGGGUCUGCAGAAACCCACUGAAUAACUGUAGACACCUCCACAGUCUUUCUCAAGGGAGGGAAUGGUAGAACCUUCAGUCUCCUCAUUUGUCUUUUGAGAAAGUCCACAAUGUGUUCACAUUUGCUGCUUUACUCUCACAGUGGAAGGUGGUAGCAGUUAUACUGGAGGUCUGUGCCCCAGAGGCCCUGUACUAUCUGCUGGCAGCUACACACUAUACGGCUGUGUCCAAGCUCAGAAAAAGGCCGUCUUGAAGGCUCAGCAGGUCCAUAUGAGCAGACUGAGUAACUUAGACUCACGUUAGCAGGAAACUUGGAUUCAACACUCUUGCCAGUAGUAGCCAGGAAAGGUUAUCUGGGUUAGGGUUUUUGUUGUUUGUUUUUAGUAAGUUUUUUGUUUUGUUUUUAACCUCUGUGCUGUUUACAUAAACAAAUUGCUAUCCAUUUCUAAGGAGCCAGGGGUGGCUGAUUAGCUCAGCUGGUCAGAGCAUGGUGCUGAUACAGGGAGCCAGGGUCUGGAGGUGUUACUGCUUUAUCUGACCUGAGUCCUUCCCUGAGUGACCCGUGCCAUGCCCCUUCCCCUGGCCGAUGGCAGGAAGCUAACAGGAGGAUGUGCUGCACAGAGAGCCCUUCCCUUCCGGCGUUACUGCAUCGCGUGACAAGUGAUCACCAGUUUUUAAACCCUUAGAAAAGCUAUUUUUUUUUAAGAAAAUUAUUUCUCUAUUUAGAGAAUUCACCUUGGAUGUAUUCAUAUACAUGGAGUUUGUCCACUGUGUCAGGCAUUUGUCCUAAAUAUCCGUUUUCAAAACUUGGUAUCAUUUGGGUAGGGGUUGGGUGCAGCUCAGUGGCAAAGCACUUACAUAGCUUGUGUAAGGCUCUGGUUUUGGUCUCUGGCAUUAUAAUGGCCACAGGAGGGCAGGUUAUCAUGUAUACACGUGGGAUUACUGUGAAGGCCUUCCAACAAGACAGGUUAUCAUGUAUAAACGUGGAGUCACUGUGAAGGCCUUCCUAACAAGACAGGUUAUCAUGUAUAAACGUGGAGUCACUGUGAAGGCCUUCCUAACAAGACAGGUUAUCAUGUAUAAACGUGGAGUCACUGUGAAGGCCUUCCUAACUAAUAGUCUUGACUUUUGCCCUCGUCACUGUAGCCGAGAAAUGUUCAAAGUAGAUGAGCUGCCCCAGUUUUGGUAAUUAGUCACUUUGUCUUGUGUUCCAUCAAGUGAAAGCAGGGCUCUUCAGACUGCUCUGCGUAGCCUAUGUUAUAGAUCUGGGAACUGAACAUUUGUAACUACUAUGAAGCAGGCAGCUCUCACUGGAAAACCCUCAUAGUGAUCUCGAAUUUUCCUAAGGUCCUUUUCUAAGGUAUUGCUUUAUUAAAUAAAUCAGAUCUUGUACUUUGACAAUAAUACCCGAUUUCUUGCAAAGGUAAGAGGUGCAUUGGGCUCCAGGAGUAGCCCAAAUGUCCAGCCCCAGGCCUUACAAGGACUCUGAACCCUCCCCCACCCUCCGUGCAGCAUUGGUUAGAGCUGGCUGUGAACCUCAUGCCAGAGUUACUCCUGUCGAGAUGUAGGGGCCGGCCUUAGCCUAUCCUCACACUUCCCAGGCUAGGCUUCAGAUCCUCCUCGGCACCCUUCCUGCCUCACUGAUGGCUGCUCUUUUACAGAGACUGAAUCAAGUCCACGUUCUGCUGUAGCUACUGAUUGAGUCUUCACUCCAGUGAGGCCCUGUGUCGGGCACGUGUGUGACGGGCAUGGGAGAGUUAUACCCGGUCUUCAGGAGCACGGAUGGUGAUGAGAGGUGACUGUCACCACAGCGCCAGGCCCUGACAGUGUUCCAGGUCUUUUUGCAGCUUACAGAAUCAGAGGUGACACACCAGGUUUUUCUCACGGUUGCAGUGCUCCCAUUGUGCCAGGCAGCUCCUACAGCAUUUGGCUGGGCCUCCUGGGAGGAGUCUCAGAGAGUCCUCUGCUAACUCCUCUCUUCUGGGCUUUAGGCUUCCCUCCCUCUGACAGAGAAUGUUUCUCAGAGCUUGAGGUCCAACUGCAGUAUUUCCCUUCCUCUCUGGCCCCAGCUUAGCCCACUCACUCUCUUCUCUCGGUUGAAUUCUCUGCAGGACAGGCUCAUUUGUCCUCGUCCUUUGAGCUCAUAGUUUUCUGAAAGAAUUAUCUGUUCCUGAUACAGAGUCUCAGAAAUAAGCAUUGAGCUUUUCUUUGAGCAGUUUUGGUAAGCAAAUUCAGCAGCAAAGUGGCAAAAGAAAAAAAAAAACUAAAAACAAACAAGAAAAACCACGCUCCAGCCAGAGAGGCUCCACGCAUCCUGACUGCCCAGAUCUCUGCUCAUGAUGGUGGAGCCACUAUGUGCUGCUGGUGUCCCGGCACCCUACGCACACAGUGUUUGGUGGCGUGUCACAGUCUUCAUUUUAAAAAGAUGAAAGCAUUUUGCACAGAGAAAGAAAAGGACCCAUGAAUGUCAUCUUUUAUCUUUCUCAGUCAAUUGAUAUUGAAAUUUUUGUUUUUGAUAAUGCACUUGUAAACCAAUCUCACCAAGAUAUGGGUAGUUUUUGAUCUUUCACUACAAUUACCUCCUGUCUCUCCUGUCUUGACUGCUGACGUUCCUCCAUGAUUCUGAUGUCUAUUUUAUGGGGAGCAGCCUUCCCGUGGGUUUCCUAUUACACUUUGCAGGGCUAUCUUUAUUAAAAAAAAAAAUUUAAAAAAAAAGAAUGAAAAUUGUCUCUCACCUCAUGGGGGAUUUGCAGAAAACCAUUUAGCCCACCUUGAGCAAAGAUUAGAUUCCUCAUUUUUUUGUUGUUUUGUUUUUAACUCGUAAUAAUAAUUUUCUUUAAAAAAAAACCAAUUAAAGCAUUAUUGUGCUACCUCAAAGGUAAAAAGAUUCUAAGGUCAUCUUUUGGUCCUGAGUUCUAUACAUGGUGUUUGAAAUGUCUCUCAAUUGGAAUUAUUUUUUAAAUCAUUGGGGUGAAUCUUAUCUUAAUCUGUUUUACACUUGUAUUUUUGUCUCAAAAGAAUAUAUGAUUGGGAAGCAAACAAUUCUUGAUCUGUAGUCUUGAAUAUAUAAUUAAAAGUUACUAGAAAUCAAUCCUCAUUUGCUGUAAACAAGGUUGGGUUGGUUUUGUUGUUGUUGUUGUUUGCUUGUUUUUUAAAGGAAACUCUAGGGCCCGGCUUCACUCUUGACUAAUAAAGGCUGACAACUCAUGUCUGACUGUC